AUGUCACUUGCAAAAGUUAAGCAUAUUCUCCUAGUCCUCUCUGGCAAGGGAGGCGUAGGGAAAUCUUCUGUGACCACCCAGCUUGCAUUGUCCCUUUCGCUCUCUGGGUAUUCUGUCGGAGUCCUUGAUGUCGAUCUUACUGGGCCUUCGAUGCCGCGCAUGUUUAACAUCGAAGAUGCGAAAGUUACUCAAGCCCCGGGAGGUUGGCUUCCCGUGACCGUGCAUCCUGCGAACCCCGAGACCGGUAUAGGCGAACUGAGAUGCAUGAGUCUUGGCUUCUUAUUGCAUGGAAGAGGCGACGCAGUUGUAUGGCGAGGCCCCAAGAAAACUGCCAUGGUCCGACAGUUCCUCUCGGAUGUAUUGUGGGGAGAACUUGAUUUCCUGCUCAUCGACACACCCCCAGGGACAUCUGAUGAACAUAUAUCACUUGCCGAAACACUGCUGAAAGAUGCAUUACCUGGUCAGGUCGCCGGUGCGGUAGUGGUAACUACACCCCAAGCAGUCGCUACGGCAGACGUCAGAAAGGAGUUAAAUUUCUGCGUAAAAACAGGCAUAUCUGUCAUUGGCGUUGUUGAAAAUAUGGUCGGGUUCGUGUGUCCAAACUGCGCUGAAUGCACCAACAUUUUUGGAAAAGGAGGAGGCCAAAUCAUGGCGGACGACUUCAAUGUGCGCUUUUUAGGAGGUGUUCCUAUAGACCCCCAGUUUGUUAUGUUAAUCGAAACGGGAAGACGACCACGAUAUCCUAAAGGCACCGUUAUUGACGGGCAAGACUUCUCUGAGACACAUCAAAAUGGACAUACAGACACAUCGGCUGCAGAAACGAGAGAAGCCGGCCUACUUGCAGAGAAAUACCUGGAGUGUUCCCUUGAGCCUAUCUUCAAAAAGAUCACGCAAGAUAUCGUCACAGCCAUCGGAUGA